AUGGCUCCCACCCAGAGCGUUCAAUGCUUCGGCAAGAAGAAGACGGCCACCGCUGUCGCCCACUGCAAGUCUGGCUCCGGCCUCAUCAAGGUCAACGGCCAGCCUCUUUCUCUGGUCCAGCCCCAGAUCCUGCGCUUCAAGGUCUACGAGCCCCUCCUUGUCAUCGGUCUUGACAAGUUCGCCGGUGUCGACAUCCGUGUCCGCGUCGCCGGUGGUGGUCACACUUCCCAGAUCUACGCCAUCCGUCAGGCCAUCGCCAAGGCCCUGAUUGCCUACUACCAGAAGUUCGUCGACGAGCACUCCAAGAACACGCUCAAGACUGCCUUCGCUCAGUACGACCGUACCCUCCUCGUUGCCGACAACCGUCGCUGCGAGCCCAAGAAGUUCGGUGGUCCUGGUGCCCGCUCCAGAUUCCAGAAGUCUUACCGUUAA